ACCUGACCCCCAGUCACGCCAAAAUAAUCAAUUUGCAUUAAAAUCAGGCAAGUAAAAUAAAUAACUAACCAAUUACCGGCAUAACAUAGAUGGUUAAGACUCCGUUCCCAAAUUAGGCGUGACAUGUAUGGUGGAGGCGCCGAUUUCUCUCAAUUGUAGAUCGAUUCACUUAUUUUAUAAAUUUUUUCACUUACAUGUUAUUUUUUUUAUUGGCUUGUUUUAAAUAUUUCAACUAAACCCAUUCUGAUAAUUUUAAUUUUUCUUGGUAAACAUAACUUGCAUAGGUAGCGUAUUAUUUUCAAAUAGGGAUGAUUUAUUGAAUUUUACGCAAUCUUUCUUAUCUAAAUAUAAUUUAUUGUAAUCGACUCAGAGUAGUUUAUGAGGUGUUAAUUAAUUUAAAAGAGUGACGAACUUUUUUCUAUGUAAAAUUUAUUGUAAUCGACUCAAAGUAAUUUAUGUGGUGUUAUUUAAUUUAAAUGUGUGACGAACAAAAAAGGGUAACACGCAGUCAGAAAAAAUCGAGCUCGGAGGCAAACGUUGAACAAAUAAGUAACAAAAAUAAUCAGGGGGCAACAAAUUCGAAAGAGUUCAGACCAACACACAGCAGCACUACUACAGAUCCUUUCACACCUCAAUCAUCCUUGUCCAGAAGUCCACCACGACAAUCUCCAUCUAUUUUUACAUUUGAAUUACCUGAAGUAUAUCAGGCACCGAAUUCUAACUCUACUCAAUUAACAAUUACACCGACCCCUACUUACACGCCACAGAACGCUGAAAAACGCAACCUAAUAACACAAACACCUAGGUCACCUACACUACAAAUAAAUCAACCGCAAUUACAAAAGACACUAACAUUACCAACCCCUCAAAAACCUCGCACUAAUUCACCAAACGAAAUCAUGCAAAAUACCACAUUAUCAAAUGCUUUUGCGGAAACAAAGCAACCAGCUACUCCUAAAUUUAUACCACCGCCAACGUUUGAUCCAAGCUCGGAUUCUGCUUUAACUUUUUUAUCAAAAUAUGACAGAACAGCUGCGUGUAAUGGUUGGACAGAUACAUAUAAAAUUGUUUAUUUCGGAAGUUUCCUAGAGGGACCCGCUAAUAUUUGGUAUAAUGAAUAUAUAAAAAAUGAACAAAAUAGGGAAAACGACUGGGAACAAAUUAAAAAUGAUUUUAAAAGAGAAUUUAACGGGGAACAACCAAUGCGUAAAUUAAAAUUUAAAUUUCAAAACCGAAAACAACGCGAUAAUGAAGAUUUAAAAAGGUAUUAUUAUGAUCUUUUAUGUAUUGCCCACGAAAUAGACACCGACAUGCCUUUUGAAACAUUUAGGGACCAAUUUGAGAAUGGACUGCACUCAUCAUUUGCAGAAACUUAUUAUCUAUUCAGUAACGGUAUAACAACUUUUGAUGAACUUAAAAAAUUAGUAUUACGAUUAAGCGAAGUUAGGGAAAGGGUUCUAAAUGAUAGAAUGACGGCCCAAACAACUUCUACAAUAACACCAACUCAUGGAUCAAGAUCAUCUUAGGAAAAUACAAGAAAC